CAGCUCCAGCCAUGCACAGCCAGUGUGCUUACAGUGAAGCACACACUCCCAUCACACAGUUAACCGUUUGAGCGCCCCAGGUUAACCCCUUCCUGCCCAGUACCAUUAGUACAGUGUCAGUGCUUUUUAUUAGCACUGAAUUGGUGUCAUUGGGGAUGUCAGUGACACCAAGUCAGUUCCCCCCAGUGUCAGAAUGCCCAUCGCAGUCCCACUAUAAGUCGCUGAUCGCAGCCAUUACUAGUAAAAAAACCAAAACAUCCCAGUAUAUAUACACCGUCAUUUGUAAACGCUAUAACUUUCAUGUAAACCAAUUAAUUUGG